AUGUCUGGAAAGGGUAAGGCUGGUGCCGAAGGUGCUACUGACUCCUACAUUUCAUGCCACAUAGACUCUGAGUUUCGCUACAGCCUCUUCACUGUUUUCUACAGCAUCAUUUUCAUCCUGGGCUUCGCUGCCAACUGCUACGUGCUCUGGAUCUUCAGCCGCAUCUACCCCACCAAGAAGCUCAAUGAAAUCAAGAUAUUCAUGGUGAACCUGACGGUGGCUGACCUGCUCUUCCUGGUCACGAUGCCAAUGUGGAUUGUUUACUAUCACCACCAUGGAGACUGGAUCAUGCCCGAGUUCCUCUGCAAUGUGGCUGGCUGUUUGUUUUUUGUUAACACCUACUCCUCUGUGGCCUUUCUGAUGGUCAUCACCUACAACCGUUACCAGGCUGUGACCAACCCCAUUAAAGCUGCUCAGCUCACCACUCAGAGGAGAGGAAUCUACUUAGCAGCAGCUAUCUGGAUCAUCAUAGUAGGCAGCUCCUUGUAUUACCUCUUUGACAACAACACUAACCAGGAGGAGGUGGACUCGAGAAAUUUCACGCGGUGCUUCGAGCGCUACGACUCCUCUGGCAGCGUCUCGGCUGUGCUUGCCAUUCAUGUCAUCAUCUGCGUCCUCUUCUAUGUCAUCUUCCUCUUCAUACUAGGCUGGAACAUCAUCAUCAUCAGGACCCUGUUCUCCAAGUCAGGGCAGCCACGGAAGAGCACCCACGUCAAGCAGAGGGCACUCUGGAUGGUUUGCACAGUGUUGGCUGUGUUCAUCAUCAGCUUUGUGCCUCAUCACAUAGUGGACCUGCCCUGGACCCUGACUGUCCUGGAGCAAUGGAAGAAGGAGAACUGUCAGCUGCGCCAGCAGCUCAACGACGCUCACCAGCUGACCUUGUGCCUUUUAAGUACAAACUGUGUGUUGGAUCCUAUCAUCUACUGCUUCCUCACCAAGAAGUUCCAGAAGCACGUUUCAGAGAACCUGAAAAGCAUGAAAGGGAGCCGCAAGUGCUCCAGGCAGACCACAGACACAGUGAUUGAGGUAACCAUUCACCAGGAGGAUGCCAUUGGGAUCUAGUUCAGCUCUAUUCUGACUGCAGGCUGAGGUGUGUGAAUCAGUCACUCAGCUCAGGAAGACACACUGGGGGACACAGCAGAGGACCAGGAUGUUACCUUUCUCUUUCCCCAUUGGACAGCAGAGUGGAUGCUCAGAUCUUCAGCCACAUGCAGCUGGUAGAACUGGAACCUGUAGUAACCUAGCAGAAGAACAUCUUCUGUUGUUGCUUAUGGGCACUAGGCACAGCUCAGACAAUCUGGUUUUAUGUGAAAGAAAUUUACCACUGAGUCUCUGCAGGGAGCAGCAGAAGCUAAGUGCACUGAAAUUAUCCACUGGGUCAGCCCAGAGAGCACUGUCCCUGGGCCUCUGCCUGACAGCUCCCAUGGAGAAUCCAGUGUCAAAACUGGAAGAGAUUUCUAAAACACCUGGAAGAGCAGACUGAGCUGCUAGUGCCAAGUGACUUUUCUAAGCAGCUUGUGUGGUUCUGUGAAGAGAAUCUGAGCUAAAGAAGCUCUUGCAUGGCUAGAAGGAAGGUAGUUCAUAGAGGUCUCUAAAUGCUAUCGAAGAGAUCUGCACCUCUGAUCUCUUCUUACCUGCUCUCAUGGUCUGCUGGGGUCCAUACUUGACAGAUCUCUGGAAGUGCCCAUUAUGAUCACUGGCAUUUGCUCUCAGUAGGCAGAAAGAGGAAAAGGAACAGGCAGUGCCUCAGCCCCAUCCCAGAUCAGCAUCACAUCUCUGCCCUGGCUUAUUGUAUGAGAGGAGAGCUGACAACCAGUAGCCUCCUGCACUCAGUGUAGGAAUUUCUGACUGAGUGCAUGUGUCUGUAGAAUCCAAUUGUGAGAUCUGGAGGCUCCAGAUAACAGAAGGUUGUUGUCAGCAGGGGCAUUAUGAUAAGAAAAAUGAAAGCUAAAAGUGCUUCAGUAUCUCUGUUCUUACUUAGUUAAAUAAUGGUUGUAGCAGGCAACUGCACCUCAUUCCUUCCCCUGCUUUUGUAUUUCUGCUAUGAGGAAUGAUGCUGAUUGCUUCUUGAUGUCCUAUCACAAGUGAAGUGCUAGGUGAGGUCAUGGUCACUGUCCAAGGCCUGCAGAGAAACAGGCUGCAGAGCACCACAGGUAAUUCACUCACUCAGGGCUGGCUGCAGUCAGUUGGGGGCCAGGAUGCUGUUUCCUGGGGGUGCUGAGUUGUUUCCUGUCAUGAGACACUGCAGGUUCCUUUUCUGACCCAAAUUGCUCAAUCCAGCACAGGAAAUUGGGCAGGGAACUUAAUUGUUUUCACAAAUGGUUUUGGUUCCCUAAACUAACGGGAGAGCCUGGCAAUGACAGGAAAAGUGUUUCUGCCCCACAGCUCUGCUAAUCUGUGUGCAGGGACUGCAGCCUUCUUACACCCACCAGAGAAUGUGAAAGGUGACCUCCAGGCUCUCCAAAUACAGGACCAGCUGGUAUCAGACUUUGCCUACACUUGGUGGACAUAGAGGUCCUGUUGAUGCAUCUCCUGAAUAUUCCCAGGCAACUCCUAUGCUUACUUAAGAACUAAGAGAUUUCUUUUUCUAUUCCAGGCCCAGUGCUAGGCAGAGGAAAGAAUCUGAUCACAAAGUGAAUGCAUUUCCCUCCUGGUGCUAGCCUCUGCUCCAGUAAUGGCCGCCAUACAGAACACCUGCUGGCACCUCUUAGCAGAAAGCUAAUGGCCUGGCUGUGCCCCGUGGGCAGAGCAGUCUGAGUCUGCAGUCACCUGAGCCACAGCACGCAGCAAGGGAGGGCAUUUAAAGGCUAAAUCCCACUUGCUGGAGGAAUCUGCCUCUGUAUUUCUGCCCUCUCAACCUGGCAUAUUCUGGCUGAGGAGCUCUGGCAGAUGAGGUGGAGGUGUCCCCUUUUCCCCUCACCACCUAAUGCAGUAAUGGAUGGAGCUCUCUUGCUUCACAGCCCCUGAAGCACUGGGCGGGUGAAAUUUGGCAGCUCCUAAGAGGAAAUGGAAAGGGAUUUUAGGUGGAGAUGUGGUAAACCUGUGACCUUCUUCUAUUGGUUCCUGGAAAGCUUGCAAAAGAGCUUACAGUUUUGGAUACUUAUGGUGGGUGAAGAACAUGUUCUGUGCCAGAGAAAGAGCUGUAAGGCCAGGGUGGGCUCAGAGGACAAAUGUAAACCUGCACCUGAGAAAAGGGAUGAGGAGGAAAAGGCCCUUCAGGGCCUGUACUGCAGUAACUAGGUUGGUAACAAUGCACUUCUGAAAAGCAGUCUGAGAUUCUCCUUCUGCCCCUGGAAUUGCUUUCUCUGUGUUACCACAGUGCUGCUUUGCUCUGCUCUGCAAUAAACCGGAUCCUCAGAAGAUCCUCUCUUGAA